ACUACAUGAGCCUCAGAGAGGUAUUUGGGACUGACACAGGCUCUCAUGCCGCAUAGUUUGGCGCCUGGACCGUGCAGGCUGAGCUUAUGAGUUUUAAAGUAUGUUUUUCUGGUAGCUUUAUGUCACUUUAGGGGUCAAUUUCUAGCGUGUACUAGUCUCUGAAACAGUACAGUUUUCUGAUUUAUGUUUAUUUUAAGAUAGUAUUAAAGCGCUACAGUUAGCAGAGGGUAGUUAGCCGCUGCUGUGCUCCAUGCUAAGAAAGACGCUACAAAACCAAAGAAUCCAAUGACACCACAAAGAGGAGGCACGACCGGUCUUAUUGACAAGACCAUGAAGAUGAGGAGAGAGGAACAGGAACGCCAGGUUCUCCUGGCCUGGGCCGUUCUCAACGUCUCUCUGGCUGGAAUGAUUUACACAGAAAUGUCAGGAAAGCUGCUCAGCAGAUACUAUAACAUAACUUACUGGCCAAUCUGGUACAUUGAAUUAGCCCUGGCCUCUCUGUUCAGCCUGAAUGCCAUCUUUGAUUUUUGGAAGUACUUCAAGUUCACCAUGGCGCCGUCAACCGUCGCUCUCUCUCCCGAGCAACAUCGACUCCUCGGUCUCCGCAACUCUGGAAUUCAGGCUUCACCGCCCCAAAAGCCGGAGAAGAAAGAGACUCCGGUAGCUUCCCAGUCAUCUCCACUGCAGGGACAGAACGUGCUCAGUUUCAGCCCUGCGCGGCCCCCCAGCACCAGUCCAAAGUUCUCCCCCUGUGUGUCCGGGUACAGCCCACCUCUGAGCAGCCCUUCUUCUCCGGCCAGCGGCAGACCCUUUUCCCCUUCUGUAGCAUAUGGCAAGGUACUGAACUACAGUCCAUCUACCAGCUCCUCUCCUUACCCGAGCAGCCUGGGCCCAGCAGAAGGCGCCAGUCUAAGAACACGCUACCGCACGUCCCCUUCUGUUUUUAGCUCUCCCGGAGGGAAGGAAGACUACAUGGAUGAUCUUAAAUCUUUAGAGAAGUUCCUUCGUUCAGAGGAAGAGAAGAGCCACCGCAGCCAUCUGGGGAGUCCAGAGUCUACAUCUCCAUCACACAGUCCAACCUUCUGGAACUACAACCGCUCUAUGGGUGAUUACGCUCAGAGCCUGAGGAAGUUCCAGUACCAGCCGGCCUGUCGCUCACAGGCUCCCUCUGCCCACAAAGACGAAACUGAGCUGGGAUCCAAACAAGCCGCUGAGGAGGUCUGGGCACGGAUCACAACCAGUCGUGUGGUUACUGACAGCAUUGACAGCUGGACUGCCAAACUAAGAAACUGGAUAAAUGACACCAUUCUGGUUCAUCUGGUUAAAGAAAUCGACUCUAUCAACAGCCAACUCAGGCGAAUGGGCUGCCCGGAGUUACAGAUAGGAGAGGCCAGUAUCAGCAAUCUGAAACAGGCUGCUGUAGCCAAAGCCUCUGUCAUUCCCACUCUCAACACUAUAGUGCAGUACCUGGACAUCACAUCCAACCAGGAGUAUCUGGUAGAGAGAAUCAAGGAGCUGGCCCACAGCGGCUGCAUGAGCUCCUUUCGCUGGAACGGUGGAGGGAACCUGAAGAACCGGAAAUGGGACACAGACCUCCCAGCCGACUCUGCUAUCCUCAUGGCUAUUCUGUGCACAUACCUGGACUCCAGACUUCCUCCUCACCCAAAGUACCCAGAUGGGAAAACCUUCACAUCUCAGCAUUUCAUCCAGACUCCAAACAAACCAGAUCUUUCCAAUGAGAACCUCUUUUGCAUUCACCAAAGCAGCACCAACCCACCUCACUAUCAGCUUGUGUAUCAAGGCCACAUCUACAGCCUGCCUAAGGGCAGAAACAAUUUGUUCCACACAAUCCUCAUGUUCCUUUACAUUAUCAAAACCAAGGAGUCUGGGAUGCUGGGAAGAGUCAACCUGGGGCUCUCAGGAGUCAACAUCCUUUGGAUAUUUGGGGAGCAAUAGUGUUAUAACCAUGUUAUAACUGAGCAAAUACACCACUCUGAAAUGCUCACACUGAGUAAUAUUUUGUACAUGACUGUAUGUGGAUAUAAUUUAAUAUUAGCUGUUUUUCCUGUGCUUCGGGGAAACCGCUGCAUCGUUCUUUGGUUCCUAUAGCAACUGCAGCCCAGCACCAGACCCUGAUCUUUAAGUGUUUUCUACAUUGUGUUACAGAACGAGUAAACAGACCAACUAGUUGUAUUUUGAUGUUGUACAUAAUUUGCAUGUCAUACGGCUUUGUUUGAUACAAAGCUGUAGAAUUUUUCAGGAUCGAAUGUGUGAAAUUUUUUAUAUAUAUAUAUCUGUGUAAGGGUGUUUACUAGAGUUGAAGUGAAUUGUUUGUUGUAGGCAUGAUCUCUGCUAUAUUUUUCUCACCCCUGUCUGUAAAUGCAAUCAUCCACGUUAUUAAAAAAAGUGAACUAGUUAGAUAACAUGUUAGAUAACCCGAGUGUUAUGUGAGCCUUGAUGCUCACUUUUCUCUGGUUAGGAGCUUGUUAGUGAAAUGUUUCUACACGCAGGAAUUACGAUUGAUUACCAGUCAAGGUCUGCUGUGAGAAAACAUUUCACUAACAAACUCCCAUGUGCGGUUUCAGUUAUACCGCUUACUGGCGAUGUGCUUCGCGCUUUCUACAGUUAGUCAUCACGUUCACAUGACAGAAAGGAAGACGAUUUACUCCCCAAUGUGACCCGAUUAAGAUUUGAUCACUUAACAGAGAUUACCAGUAGCUGUAAUUUCCCCUACAGGAAAGGUUUAUAGAGAGGGGGAUAAUUAUCAUAAUCACACUCUAGAUAAGUUGUUUUUUGAAAUGAUGCAUAAAGGUAAAUCGCUCUUUUCCAUGACUUGACAUACUAACGUAUUACACAGGUCAUGUUAUGAAGCAUCUUAAUUAUUUGUCGUCUCUUUUGUGUCUCUUUUACUGCUCGAAGUUCAGCAAAUCGCCGGUGUAAACACUCCCAAGGCUGCUAACCAUCUGCUUUGAUUCAGUUCUUUGGAGAGUGUUUUGGUCAUUGUUUUGAUACACAAUAAAUGAAAUGAACAUUUUUAGA